AUGCUGCGCAGGGGCUCGGGUGUCCCUUUGGCCCUGGGGUCCUGGCAAGCCCCUCGUUUCUACGUCUAUCAGUCUGGGGAGGUCCCAGGUGCUCCAAAGGAUCUUUUGUAUAUAAAAGAGUCUGUGUGGGGCCCCGCUGCCACCCAGGUGGGCCCCGCGCCUGUGUUCCUCGGGAAGUAUCUGGAGCUCCAGGCAAACUCAACUAACACGACUCCCUUAAAAGGCCGUAAAACGAUUGAAGUGGGUGCGGGGGCUGAGGCGCAUGCCUGCGAAGAAGAGGGUCCCAGCUUGACGCUCCUACAGCACAAUGUAGCGACGUUUAAUUCGGAAUUCUCCAAAUGCCACCCGAUCCGUGCAUACAGCCUACGGAACAAUGCCGAGCACAAAGGAGCAUUUGACUUUGUGCUGGUCACAGACUUUUUGCACAGUCUACCUGCCCGGAGGCAGACGCUGCAAUAUCUCCUCGAGCUCCUCCACAAUGACACGGAGUGCAUAAUAGCUCAUGUGUGGCGAAACAUUGAGGCUGAAGAGGCCUUCCUUGAGAAGCUGGGCCAAUGCCUCGUAGUUCAGCACCUCGACAACCAGCGCAGCAUUCAGCAAAAAUGCUCCCAGUCGCUGUUUCGCUCGAUUGCAGACAGCGCAAGAGACAUUCAUGAGGCCACAGACCUGGUUAGACACCCCAAGAACUUGCCGCUACUUCACAACUUUCCACUCUUGGGCCAAUAA